CAACUGGUCUGUGUUGAGCGAAUUGCACUUAGCAUAAUCAUAGUCCUUAUAUGCGCUCUGGUAUAACGUGUUAUACUUAAGAAUGAAGAGGACUAAACUUCUUGUGAGUUGUGGCAUAAGUAAUACAUGUCAUUAUUGUCUGAAAACGUGGCCAUCAUGUCAGCAGGUUGCCCGCUCACCUAUGAGUACUCUAGGGAAAGAAACCGGUGGACCAGCAUCUGAAAACAAGAGGGGUCUUAAAGCUAUUGACCUUGUGCAGCGAGAACGGGAGUCGAAAGGGAAACCCAAUAGCCGAAAAACACCAAAGCUCAAAGAGACACUCUCUGCCGUCUCCCCGUUGCAGCGCCGAGUCACACAACUUAAGCAAUUUACCCAACAGUUACAAAGUGUCCAUCCAAACGUGCUAGCCAAAGUCUUACACAAAAGCAUAGUUUUUCAAAAUCAAGAUGUAAUCGUGAUCAACAAACCUUAUGGAGUUCCAGUGCACGAUACAACGGGUGCCACAACCAGCAUACAAAGUGUGUUACCAGUAUUGGCGAAAAUGCUCCAUGGCAUGAGGACAGAGACUCGGCUGCACAUUUGUCACAGCCUGGACAAAGACAUAACUGGCACUCUACUGCUUGCCCAAACAGAAGAGGCAGCUGACCACAUCCACACCCUCUUCAAGGCCCUACAAGUGGAGAGGAAGUACUGGGCGGUGGCUGUUGGCGUACCUGUGCCCUCAGAGGGGAUUGUAGAUAUACCUGUCAUUGAGAGAGAGGUCACUGGAGCACAACCUCACUUUAAGAUGGGGCUUAGUCCACUCUUCCAGACCAGUGCUGAUGGAGAGGGUGUGACUCGGGUGCGAGCCAACCGGCAUGCCCACAGCGCGGUGACUCAGUACCGUGUGCUGGACAGUACCAAUAGCUGCAGCCUAGUGGAGCUCCAGCCGGUCACAGCCGUGAAGCACCAGUUGCGUGUCCACAUGGCUUUUGCGAUGGGGUGCGUCGUCCUGGGGGACCAUAAAUAUGCCCACUGGAAUAAGCUAGCACCUCAGCAACUGCCAGAGGGAGUUUUGCGCCACUUAGGCCUGGAACAGAGCAAAGCACGCCACCUUCCUCUGCACCUACACCAUCACAAGCUGACAAUCCCCGGGUUCAAAGGUCACCGUGACCUCACUGUAUCCUGCCGGUUACCCAGGUUCUUCACAAGCUCUGUGCAACGGCUACAGCUUUCCCUACCAGAGAAACCAUGAAUUGAGACAUACAC